AUGACCGACGUUAGAUUCCGUCGCUGGAAUAUCGUCGAGACGCACUGCGUCGUCACGCAGAAGGCGCCAGCAGGUGCCAAGUUUGUCAACAACUACCGGGUGCUGCAUACGCUGGGUCAAGGUCGGUUUGGCAAGGUGAAGCUCUGCGAAAGGGUUGCUCGAAACUGCAGAACCGCCGACACUUCUCGACGAAACGACGUCCAGGCUGUGCGUACAAGUGCUGAAGACGGCGACAAUGCAGCAUCGUCCCUUCCUCCACGGACAUUUGCACCGUCUAUGAAGCGUCAAUUUGCACUAAAGAUUUACUCCAAGACGACGCUGCGUCGACUGAAGGAGUACUGUGCGAAGCCUGCAGUGGAUCAGCUCGAAGAAGGUCAAACCUGUGGCCUGAACGAAGCUGCAGCGCCUUGUAGGAUGCAGACGAUCACGGCUUUUGAUCGAGUGCGCGAUGAAAUCGCGAUCAUGCGGUCGCUCUACCAUCGCAACAUUGUAUUGCUGUUUGAGGUGAUUGAGGCAGAUGAUAGCGACAAACUCUACCUGGUACUUGAGUACAUGGCGUGCGGUCCAUGCAUGGUCUAUCGACCGGCUACCAAGGACUUUUAUAGCCCCGUUACGGGUGGUACGCUGUCGGAAGAGCUGGCACGGAGUUACGUGUCAGAUAUCCUGCUUGGUCUGCAGUACUUGCAUGACCGACGAAUCUGCCAUCGCGACAUCAAGCCGGAAAACGUGUUACUGAAUGGUGCAGGCCGCUGUCAUAUAUCCGAUUUUGGCUGUGCAAGAGCAUUCGGUGACAUCGGGGAAGAUGGUGUGUUGGGAGUUGCACGUCCGAAUGCCGCACCCGUGUUGCUGUCGGACACAGUAGGCACGUAUCAGUUCUUGGCGCCGGAGUGUUGUUCAGGUGAAGCUUACGACCCAUUCAAGGCAGAUAUCUGGGCUGUCGGUAUCGUCCUCUACAUUUUCAUGUUCGGGAGACUACCAUUUCGAUCGGAGAGCACGCGAGACCUGUUUGAAGAGAUUGCUCGCGGGACGAUAGUAGUGCCUGGCACAGCAGAGUCUGUCCGAGAGCUACCACUCAGCCACGAGGGCCAAGACUUGCUGUACUGUUUACUCGAAAAGAAUCCCGAACAGCGGAUAUCGACUGCGGAUGCGCUGUGCCACCCGUGGUUUAUGCAUGGUGAUGAACCCCUUUCGUUCUGA